AUGGCCAAUGAAAAGCUUAAAAAAGACGAUGGAGCAAAGAGGGUAGAUGAAACCACCUACAAGAGUUUAGUUGGAAGUUUGUUACGUCUGACUGCAACACGACCAGACAUCAUGUUUGCUGCUAGCCUAUUAUCAAGAUUCAUGAACAACCCAAGUAAACUAAACUUCACAGCUGUAAAGAGAGUGCUCAAAUAUAUUAAAGGUACAAUAAAUUAUGACAUAUGGUCUGGACCAGUAGAAAACUCAAAAUUAAUCGGCUAUAUAGAUAGUGAUUGGACCAGAUGUGCUGAUGACAUGAAAAGUACAUCAGGAUAUGUUGUUUCACUCAGAUCUGGUCUUUGUUUAUGGUCAUCAAAGAAGCUGAGUGUAGUGACGUUAUCAUCAGUUGAAGCUGAGCACAUAGCUCGUGCUGUCACAUAA